GGCGGGGCUGGCACCGGCACCGGGCCGGGCCGCUGCCACCGGCGUGUCUGUGUGCGGGCAGGGCAGGGCAGGGCAGGCGGCGGGGCUGGGAGCGGGGGUGGCUGUCACUGCGGGCUGUGCCCUCCCUGCCCCGCUCCGUCCGACCUCUGGGCACAGUCUAUGCUGGUUCUGCUGGCACAGAGCGCCCGGCUGGUGCUGCAGCGCAGCCCGCUGGCCGCGGCGUGUGCGUGACAGGGCAAAACCCCCUCUCUUAUAAAGGCAUGGGACAUGGAAGUGACCACGGCCACGGCCAUGGCCAUGACAAAGUGGAACUGCCCGACUACAGGCAGUGGAAGGUGGAGGGGACUCCCCUCGAGGAGGUGCAGAGAAGGCUGGCGAAACGGGGCCUGAGGGAUCCCUGGGCUCGUAAUGAAGUCUGGAGAUACCAGGGUGGCUUUGCAAGACCUAUCACUAUAACAGAGAUCUUUACCAGGGGAUUCAAGUGGGGAGCUGCAGCUUUUGUCAUAGCUCUGGGCAUUGAAUAUGCACUGUUUCCUCCAAAGAAGAAUGGAGGCCACCACUGAAGAUCACAUAUGACAACUUAAUACUCACUAAUCACAAGCUGAAGCCUACAUAAGCCUGCUGCUCACUCUGUACUUAUAAUAUGCAUAUUAAAGUCUAUCACAGGCAAA